AUGGAAGACAUGAAAAGGAUUUCGGCAUUCAGCGUGGAAAGCCUUCUGGAGUCUCCAAGAGCCAAAGUGGAAAUUCUCCGUCCCACUCCAGUCACUCCGCGAACUCCUUUGGUUGUGCCUGGACUGAACCCUCUAACGCCAUAUCAGCUGAAGUUCACCAGUCCUUUUGAACCCUCAUUGAUUUAUUUCUCUCAAAGCAGGUAUUCAAAACCCGAAUUUUUCUACAAUUUCCUAUCAUUCAUUACAGGUUACCUGUGAUCAACUCGGAUAGUUCGCCAGAAUCCUGUGCUUCAUCGCCUCUUUCUCUGCCUUCUCACAUUCCCUGGCUUGGACAUAAAAGAAGCGAAUCGCCAAGUACAAUAUAGUUACAUAAAUUUGAAACGGGAAUUAUUCAUUUCAGCAAGUGAAGACGCGAGUAUCCAAAUGGGACUUACAAAGUGUAUGCUGAGAAAGCACAAAACGAACAGGAAGCCGCGGACGCCCUUUUCUACCAGUCAACUCAUAGCUUUGGAGCGCAAAUUCCAGCAGAAGCAAUACCUGUCGAUCGCGGAAAGAGCCGAGUUCAGCGCCUCCUUGCAGUUGACCGAAACUCAAGUGAAAAUUUGGUUUCAGGUAUUUUUUUUUAUUAAUUUUGGAUGCUGAAAAAAAAAAUCAAAAUGGAGCGGAAUUGAUUUUUUUUUUUCGAAUAUGGGAGGAACGGGUCACGCUCUUUUUAAAUUAAAAAAAUGGGUGUUGGGGUAAAAGAAAAACAGUCUUUUUUAACUUUAGAAAGCUCUCUGAAAAAAUUCAAAAACUACUAUUCAAGUAAGAAAAGUUAAUCGCUUCAAUGCAUAGACAAAAUUCAUGAAGGCCACAAAACAAGCCGUUUCAAGUGUAGUUUUUAAGUUUCACAACAUUUCCAGUUCUUAGAAAACUUGGUGGAUAUAAUAUGAUUUCUCUGCGAGCCAACAUUCUGCUCAACUCCGUGAAAAAACCAUUUUCUAAUCAGAUUCGCGCCUGUCCUUAGAAAGAUUCCAACAAUAGAAGGCUAUAAAUCGGGAAGGUGGCUGUUGUGGCACGCGCUUUUCUCGAUCGCAAUCUCCAUUCUCUUCUCGACACGCUCUUCAUAAUUACAGUGUGCCGGUUGAUUUAGUCGCUCCAUCGACUGAUCUUAUCGCUGACGGUGGCCGCCUAUCGGGAUAUACUCUCGCACAUCAAACUUUCGCACCUUCCCGCUAGCUCAUUAUCCUUUUCGCUGCCGCAUUUGUUAGUAAACAUUGGCGUUUCAUCUCGCCGUCGAAAAAGUUCCUCGAGACGUAAUUAAGCCAUCAAAUUGAAAACCGACAAAGUGUUGAGACAAAAAAGGCACGAAAAACCUUUCUUGGUUUACCUCGUUCGCUCUGUGAUUUCCUCUCGGAAAAUUCAUCACAUCGAACGUCACAACAGUGUGAAGCAUAUAAUUCGAGGGCGGAUGCCUGCGUCCAGCUGGUUACAGUAUGCUGGCACGUCUUUGUCUCAGAUUUCGCGCGCUUUCCGCCAUUCGAGAUACGAAAAGACAACAAUUUCAGCAAAAAGGGAGAGUGAGGUGGCAGAUGAUAGUAGUCACCCACUGGGCUCAUCGCAAUUGACCUUCGGCGCUUCCGUAAUUGGCAAACAAUAGUAUCUCACUGACCAAAUACUGUUUGGUGAGGUGAAGAUUACGCCGCCUGGCAGAUUUCUUAGAAAGUAUGAAAACAAUUUUUUGGGAAUAUUUCAAUUAAAAGAUAGUAAGUGUUGAACGGAACUUUUUUCGCAUAUAAAAAUUCUUGAGAUGGUCAGAGGGCUCAAAAUUUUCUUUAAAAGGCUCGUUUCCCGAAAAUUCCAAGAAACUAACCACUUUUUCAUCAAUAAUUUAAGUGAGUAACCGUGACUCUAAUAUACUUGAUUUUAAUGUUCCAAAAAGAAAGUGAAAGCUAUAGACUAUGAAAACUUUUCUUCGAAAGUUCAACCAAUGAAAAAUGAACUUUUUUGAGAAGCCUCAUAUUUGACGCGAUUGGCUAAAUCAAUAGAUAUUUUGUCAUUCUAGCCCUAUUCAGAGAGUUCAUAGUCAAGAGAUUAAUGAACUUGAACGGCUGACCAGCCUCAGACAAUCGAAACGCGUUGAACCAUAAACGUAAGCUAUUGCUCAAUGUCUGAUUGUCUCUAAUCGCUUUUUUGAUGCUUGCGAAUUGGCUCAUCAGCCAGGAUUCGUCAGUCGGCCGAUGUGUGUCGCAUUGCUCAACAUCUGCACGUUGCGCGCCUGAUUUACUAUCUCGCACUCGGAUUUACGUCCAGGCGCGAUGUGUUCUCACAUGAUUCCUUGAAAUCGUUUUGUUAUUGGCCAAUUAAUUGGCUCGAGGAUUUUGAACUGGAUGCAGAUUUUAAGAUCUAGAAAAAAAUCUCAAAAAGUACGCAAUGCGAAUUUUCGGAAAUUCUCGUUUUUAUGAAAGCAAUUGAUGUGUGAAAUGGUCGGCAGGUGGGCUAAUGAUUUGAUAAAUGAAGUGUAAUCAGAGAAGCGCCACACGCCUUAGAAAGGUCUCCCGCUGUGCUCGGGGUUGAACACGAAGGUGAAAUUCCUUUUCGAAUUGUCUACCUUCCGAGAGAAAUGAAGUUUUUGCAAUAAGUUCCUAACACGAAUUUAGUCACAAAUUUAGCGGAAAAGCAAUACUUGGAAGUUUUUGAAUGUAAUGUCAUACUCUUGCGGAAAUAAAACUUUGCAAAAAAAUCAAAAAAAGAGGCUUCAACUAAUAGUAUUUUUCCAUUAAACUUGGCUUUCAAACAAAUAAUUUAAUUUUUCAUUAUAUUUGAAGACUCCGUCGAAUUUGAAACUCAUGGAGUUUCAAAAAUAAGAUCAGCGAUUGUUUUUAGAGCUUCAGAUGUUAGCCAGUAGGAUGAUCCAGUGUGAUCUAGCUGGUGCUCUUAGUGAAUUACUCGAAAAGUUCAAAAAAACUACGGCUCAAACAUUCAAUUUAGAAAACUCUUAUUCUGGUUUCACAAAAUUUAACGAUAGAAAAGUGAAAAGAAAAUUUCAAGUUUCUUGAAAACUUACCAUCUACUUAUUAUUAAAUUCCAUGAUUCCAGAACCGCCGAGCGAAGUCCAAAAGGCUGCAGGAAGCUGAAGUAGAAAAAGUGAAGUUCGCCCAAGCGAGUGCCUUUGCCGCGGCUGCCGUUGGAGUCCCUACAGAUCCGACCAAGUUUCUCGGAUUCUAUCCACAGCAGUGGUGA